UAUGUAUAUAUAGAUUUUUUUUUUUUUUUCAAUUGGAAUCAAACUUUUUUAUAAUAAGCACAGUUAUAAGUCAUGCUAGAGAUCUUGAGCUCAGUCUUGCCUCUCAGCCAGAUGCUUUUAUGGUGUAUGCGGAGACAUUUUUUAAAUUUAAUUUUUUUUUUAGGGGGGCGGGGGUGCAUCCCUUCUCCUUCUUAAGUUGCAGGAGCAAGUUGGGAAGGAGAGAAAUCAAACCCCCUGUAGGUUGCCAUUAAUGGGAGGCAGAGAAAAAGAAGUGUAAGAAGAAGGAAAGUAAGUGUGAAGGCAAAAAAGAAAAAAAAAGAAAAAAGACGGGGAAAGUGAAAAAGAUGAAAGACUGUGGUAAAUGGAGUGUGAAGAGACGCGCGGCGAGGGGGAGGAGGAGAGAGGAUCCACUGGGAUUAAGGAAAGAGGGGAAUGAGGGGAAAAGAGGGAUGGAUAGACGGAUGGAUGGAUGGAUGGAUGGAUGGACGGAUGGACGGAUGGAUGGAAAGAGACCGUGAUGGACACUCGGGUGGCCACAGCCGAACUGGGCUGGACAGCGUAUCCUAAUUCUGGGUGGGAGGAGGUCAGCGGCUACGACGAAAACCUCAACACCAUCCGGACCUACCAGGUGUGCAACGUCUUCGAGCCCAGCCAGAACAACUGGCUCCUCACCACCUUCAUCGACCGCCGCGGAGCGCAGCGCAUCUACGUGGAGAUCCGAUUCACCGUCCGCGACUGCAGCUCCAUCCCGAACGUUCCCGGCUCCUGCAAGGAGACGUUCAAUCUGUACUACUAUGAAACUGAUGCCGUCAUCGCCACCAAAGGCACGGCCUUCUGGAUGGAGGCGCCUUACCUCAAGGUGGACACCAUUGCUGCGGACGAGAGUUUCUCGCAGGUGGACUUUGGUGGACGCCUGAUGAAGGUGAACACGGAGGUGCGGAGCUUCGGUCCGCUGUCUAAAAACGGCUUCUACCUGGCAUUUCAGGACUACGGGGCUUGCAUGUCUCUGCUAUCAGUCAGGGUAUUUUAUAAGAAGUGUCCGAGCGUGGUCCAGAACUUUGCGAUCUUUCCAGAGACUAUGACGGGCGCCGAAAGCACCUCCCUGGUCAUUGCCAGAGGGAUCUGCAUCCCCAACUCAGAGGAGGUAGACGUUCCUAUAAAGCUCUACUGUAACGGCGAUGGAGAGUGGAUGGUUCCCAUCGGCAGCUGCACAUGCAAGGCGGGGUUUGAGCCUGACAAUGGCAACGUCUGUCGAGCAUGUCCGCCGGGUACGUUCAAGUCAACCCAAGGUGCCGGUCUUUGUCUCCAGUGCCCUCCAAACAGCCGCUCCACCGCCGAGGCUGCCACCAUCUGUGUGUGUCGCAAUGGCUACUACCGCGGAGACGCCGAUCAGCCGGAUGAACCUUGCACCAGUGUCCCAUCCAGCCCAAGAAACGUGAUCUCCAUUGUGAACGAGACGUCGGUGAUCCUUGAGUGGCAUUCUCCGCGGGAGACGGGCGGCCGCGUCGACGUCGUCUACAACAUCGUGUGCAAGAAGUGCCGGACCGACCGGCGCUCGUGUUCCCACUGCGAUGACAAUGUGGAUUUUGUUCCUCGGCAGCUGGGUCUGACAGACACCAGGGUGUUCAUCAGCAACCUGUUGGCUCACACCCUCUACAGCUUUGAGAUCCAGGCCGUCAAUGGAGUCAGCAAUAAGAGCCCGUACCCGGCACAGCAUGUCACCAUAGACAUCACCACCAACCAGGCCGCUCCCUCGAUCGUUCCCAUCAUGCACCAGAUCAGCUCCACCAUGAACAGCUUCACGCUCUCGUGGCCCCAGCCAGAGCAGCCCAACGGCAUCAUCCUGGACUACGAGCUGCGCUACUACGAGAAGGACCACGCAGAGAUUAACUCCACCAUCCUGCGGAGCCAGACCAACACGGCGCGCGUGGAGGGCCUCAGGCCAGGUACCGUGUACGUGGUACAGGUGCGGGCGCGGACCGUGGCUGGCUUUGGCAAAUACAGCAGCAAGAUGUGCUUCCAAACCCUCACAGAUGAUGAUUUCAAGUCUGAGCUGAGGGAACAGCUCCCUCUGAUUGCAGGGUCAGCAGCGGCGGGAGUGGUCUUUAUUGUUUCCCUCAUUGCAAUCUCCAUCGUGUGCAGCAGGAAACGAGCGUACACCAAGGAGGCAGUGUACAGUGACAAGUUGCAACAUUACAGCACAGGAAGAGAACUCUCUUUGCGAGCCGACAUGUCUAACUGCCCCUCCCCACUGGGCUGCCCGACCCACUUCUCAGGCUCCCCGGGAAUGAAGAUCUACAUCGACCCCUUCACCUACGAGGACCCCAACGAGGCUGUACGAGAGUUUGCCAAAGAGAUCGACGUCUCGACUGUUAAGAUAGAGGAGGUCAUCGGUGCAGGUGAAUUUGGUGAAGUAUACAAGGGCCGUUUGAAGCUCCCUGGGAAGAGGGAGAUUUAUGUUGCUAUCAAGACCCUGAAGGCUGGCUAUGUGGAGAAGCAGAGGCGGGACUUCCUGUCUGAGGCGUCAAUCAUGGGCCAGUUUGACCACCCAAACAUCAUCCGUCUGGAGGGUGUAGUCACGAAGAGCCGUCCGGUCAUGAUCGUCACCGAGUUUAUGGAAAACGGCGCCCUUGACUCGUUCCUCAGGCAAAAUGAUGGUCAAUUCACAGUGAUCCAGCUGGUGGGAAUGAUGCGUGGGAUCUCAGCGGGGAUGAAGUACCUCUCAGAGAUGAACUACGUUCACCGUGACCUGGCUGCACGAAACAUUCUCGUCAACAGCAACUUGGUGUGUAAAGUGUCUGACUUCGGGCUGUCACGCUACCUGCAGGAUGACACGUCUGAUCCCAGCUAUACCAGCUCCCUGGGUGGAAAGAUCCCAGUGAGAUGGACAGCACCAGAGGCCAUUGCCUACAGAAAGUUCACCUCGGCCAGUGACGUGUGGAGUUACGGCAUCGUUAUGUGGGAGGUGAUGUCAUUUGGAGAGAGGCCUUACUGGGACAUGUCCAACCAAGAUGUGAUUAAUGCCAUUGAGCAGGACUACCGCCUGCCACCACCCAUGGACUGCCCCAGCGCUUUGCACCAGCUGAUGCUCGACUGUUGGCAGAAAGACCGCAACGUGCGACCCCGCUUCACCGACAUCGUCGGCACCCUGGACAAGAUGAUCCGUAACCCCACCAGCCUCAAAGCUGUAGCCAACAUCCCCGCAGUGCCUUCUCAGCCACUGUUGGACAGAUCCAUACCUGACUUCAACACGUUCAGUUCAGUAGAGGACUGGCUCGCUGCCAUCAAGAUGAGCCAGUACAGAGACAACUUCCUCAACUCAGGGUUCACGUCCCUGCAGCUGGUGGCUCAGAUGACCUCAGAGGACUUGCUGAGAAUAGGAGUGACCCUGGCUGGCCACCAGAAGAAGAUCCUCAGUAACGUCCAGUCCAUGAGGGUGCAGAUGAGCCAGUCGCCGACAACUAUGGCAUGACUGCAGGAGGCGCUGUGCCACGGAACGGGCAGCAUUCGCAGGACCAACAACAAUAUCAGCCCUCGAAUGACCCCCGAUCCAUCGGAACGCGCCAGAGUCGAGACUAUUGUCUUAAUCUAAUCCACCACCAUUAACACCAGGAGACCAGGGUCUACACCACCACAACGUUCACACGUCAUGCAGUCCAAACAAGGCGUUCAGGGUCCAGACUCCAAACUGUUUCUCUAUCCAUCAAAGAAAAGGAAACGCAGACAUUAGUCCUCGUGGGUAUGAACUAUCAUCCAUGUCACUGUAAACCAAAUUAACUCCAACAAUCAGACAUCGACACAGGGAACAUCUCACUAUUUCAGACUGUGAUAAAGUGAGUGAUAUUGUACUUCUAUAUUAUCCGGACUAGAAGAUGUUAAAAUUGUGAACAAGAAGUGUGAGACAUUUAGAAACGUGUGACCUGUGAUUUUACCCAUACCGUCGUCAGUGUGCGCAAUGAAGAUGCCUUGACCUGGCGAAAAAUAAAUCCCAGAAGAAGAAGAAGAAGAAGCGGAAGCGACUACCAGUAGAAAUAAUUAGAGGGAGCAGUAUACAGGGAUGUACAGCGGAGCACCAUUUGCAACUUUCACGUCAUCUUUUACUUGUUUGGAGAAUUUGAAAAGUGUAUUGUAUAUGAACUGGUGAAACUGCAGAGCUUAGUUCUAUUUUUGUCUUUUACCAUCCGUUUGUUCGUUUCUCUGUUUUAUCACUAUAGCAAGAUGCCGUCCAUGUGUAUUUUAACUUGAACACUACCUGUGGAGCCCUGGGUGGAAGGCCUUGCCAAAGGACUUCUUAACCAGCCCCACCCAGAUUCAGAGAAUAUAAAUCUGUCUAUCUCUUGUUAAAUAUGAUUAUAUCUUUCAUAAUAAACCUUCAUAUUGAAGGUGAUAUAUAUGAAUAUGUAUGUACAGAACUCUCUGCUUGCAUUUUUGGCAAAGACACAUUGAUUAGAUUGUGAUAGACACAUGCAAUGUGUAGAUUCCUACGGUGCCCUGGUUUCCUUUGGACAACUGAACAAUGGACACUUAGUUCUCCAUGCUCCAGGUGCGAAAGUUACACUUUUAACUGAAUCUUAAGAGGAAAUGUACGAGGAAUCGUGGGAGAAGAAUCAAUAUUGUAGAUGUGUAUGAAAAUUGCUGUAGGAGUUUAAAUAAUUGACAAAAUAUCCAUUUAUUGGAGAUCAUGUUAAAUGUGGGUGUACACAUGCUGUCUCUUGCUGGUGAGCACUUACUUGUACAGAUAUGUUUUAUGUUUUCAUUUCCUUUUUUUGACCUGUCGUUUGUGUUGGGAGCGCUCAGCACCACCCAGACGGGAAUGCAGCUCCAUGCCCCGGCCGGCCCAGAUCCACGACUCGGAACUCAAAAGAUUUACGCACAUAUAAAACUCCAUACACCCUUCACAUUCACACACACACACACACACACACAGUGAACAUUAAGAUGAAUUGAUGUGGACAGCCCAUGUGGAGGAAGACGACCGGGCGAAAUGGGACUUUUCCAGUAUAGCAGUCGCCACCACUCUCUGUGGUACAUAAUGGAUGGGGGCGCUGAUUGUGAAUGCACACGUGUCCGUUUUUGUUUUAUUUGUGGGUCUGAGAGAAUGGAUGCGUGUUGCGUGCAUAUCCGGCACAUUUGUGUGUACAGACAUUAGCGUGUGCACAGGUACAUCAUUUAAGAGCCUGAAUGAUUUCUUCUUAUGUUUUGUUUUUUGUUUUUUUUGUUGUUUUUUUUUUGUUCAUGUAGUUUCUGUAUAGCUGCCACUUGUAAAUUGUGACAAGUAUGUGUCAAGAGUUUGUAAGCUGUAACUUUCUGAGAACUAUUGUACUAAAAUGCACUCAAUAAACGCCUUGGGAAAACAAGUCAA